GGAUCCGGCGGCGGUGCUCCUCGGCGCUCCCAGCCUCGCUGCCUGCCGGGGCGGUGGAAGGGCGCGGCGCCCCGAGGGCGCGAUGGCUGCUCCUGUCCCGUGGGCCUGCUGUGCUGUGCUUGCUGCUGCUGCUGCAGUUGUCUACACCCAGAGACACAGUUCACAGGAGGCGCCUCAUGUUCAGUACGAGCGCCUGGGCUCGGACGUGACGCUGCCAUGUGGGACAGCAAACUGGGAUGCGGCUGUGACAUGGCGGGUGAAUGGGACAGAUCUGGCCCCCGACCUGCUCAAUGGCUCUCAGCUGGUGCUCCGUGGCCUGGAGCUGGGCCACAGCGGCCUCUACGCCUGCUUUCACCGUGACUCCUGGCACCUGCACCACCAGGUCCUGCUACAUGUGGGCUUGCCGCCGCGGGAGCCCGUACUCAGCUGCCGCUCCAACACUUACCCCAAGGGCUUCUACUGCAGCUGGCAUCUGCCCGCCCCCACCUACAUCCCCAACACCUUCAAUGUGACCGUGCUGCACGGCUCCAAGAUUAUGGUCUGCGAGAAGGACCCGGCCCUCAAGAACCGCUGCCACAUCCGCUACAUGCACCUGUUCUCCACCAUCAAGUACAAGGUCUCCAUCAGUGUCAGCAAUGCCCUGGGUCACAACGCCACCGCCAUCACCUUCGAUGAGUUCACCAUCGUGAAGCCUGACCCUCCAGAAAAUGUGGUGGCCCGGCCAGUGCCCAGCAGCCCCCGCCGCCUGGAGGUGACGUGGCAGACGCCCUCCACGUGGCCUGACCCUGAGUCCUUCCCUCUCAAGUUCUUUCUGCGCUACCGACCCCUCAUCCUGGACCAGUGGCAGCAUGUGGAGCUGUCGGAUGGCACUGCACACACCAUCACGGAUGCCUACGCUGGGAAGGAGUACAUCAUCCAGGUGGCAGCCAAGGACAACGAGAUAGGGACAUGGAGCGACUGGAGCGUGGCUGCCCACGCCACGCCCUGGACGGAGGAGCCGCGACACCUCACCACCGAGGCGCAGGCCCCGGAGACCACGACCAGCACCACCAGCUCACUGGCACCCCCGCCCACCACGAAGAUCUGUGACCCCGGGGAGCUGGGCAGCGGCGGAGGGUCCUCCACACCCUCCUUGGUCCGUGUCCCUGUCACUCUGGCCCUGGCUGCCGCUGCCACCGCUGCCAGCAGUCUCCUGGUCUGGACCCUGUGAGAACUCCCGGAGCACCUGAGGGGCAGGAGGCCGGAGCGGAGCCCGCAGAGCCCGGUUUCUAUUUUGCACACGGGCAGGAGGACCUUUGCAUUCUCUUCAGACAAUUUGUGGAGACCCCGCGGGCCGGGCCUGCCACCCUGAGCCCGGACACGCCGAGCGGCCGCCUCCCUCUCAGAAGGAGGACCAUGCAGCUGACCCACCCACCAAAGACCCCCCUGCCCUGCCCCCCUGGGCUGGACCCUCCAACGCCAGCGACCCCCAGGAGCCCCUGGGGGGCCUGAGGGGAGCCCCUCACACCCACAGUUUCUCCUCCUGCCCCCGCCUCCUGUCUGUCCCAGGGUCUCUGUUGCCACCAUCAGAUUAUAAGCUCCUGACGCUGGGGGGCCCAGCCGUCCCCUCCCCCAGUGCCUCACUCUUCGGCCCCCUCACACCUGCCCGUUUUGUAUGCCCGCUCCUGACUGCCCUGCCCACAGUAUUUAAUGCCCCGUCAGCCCCUUCUAGUCUGACUCAGUGGUAACUUGCUGUAUUUGAAUU